GAGAAGAAAAACAAAUUUCAGGACCUUGUAGAACAGCUGAAUAUGAAAAAGCACCUGUCUUCGAAAGUAACUUUGCGUGAUAUUCUGAGCAUUGGAUCUGAAAACCUAAAAGAAGUAGAACUUUACAAUUUUGAAGAAAUUCCAUGGCACUUCUUGAGGAACCUCAUGGCUUUGACCAGGACCUCAAGAAAUACUCAACUCAAGAAAGAUCCAACUACCCUAGAAUCAAAUGAUGAUGAUGAUACGUUUGAUAUUUUUCAAGAUGAAAAUUUUAAAUCAAAUACCAUUCACCCCCUGGAUGUCCUGUGUGUUCUCCUGCAUUGUUCAGACAGUUUUCUACAACAAGAGAUUGUAACCAAAAUGUCCAUGUGUCAGUUUGCCAUCCCACUGCUACUCCCCUCCACUGGUGAGGGGUCACGCUGCACCUUCUUGCUUUGGGCAAUGAGGGGCAUUGUGAAGAAAUGGAGACCUCAGUCAUUAACAGGCAGUAAAGGAUUUAGAGAAGAAAAUGUGGUGAAUACUUCAAUGCCAAUCUUCUCAUUUGCCAGGUUAGGAAAAGAUAAAUUAUCCAAAUCUAAAAUCCUGAACCAGAUUCUAAAUCCAGCCCAACAACAUCACAACUUUUUCAUUUACCAUGAUAUGGAAGGAGGGAACAUUAAGAGGAAAAUAUCUGAUGGACUGGUGGAAAUGUCCUGGUAUUUUCCUUGUGGUAACUCAGAUGUUUUCCCAGAGCCCAUCGCAGUGACCAACUUACGUGGAGACCUGGAAACUAACUGGCAGCAGUUCAGGUUUCUCACUCGAAUUUCGUCAGCUGUGUUUAUAUUUGUUGAGAAUAUUUCUAAGAGUCAAUUCAAGCUGUUAUCCACAUGUAAUAACACUGAUACCCAGUAUUAUUUUAUUGUUACUCCAGGUCCAGGUAGAAAUAUUAACUCAGAAACUCAAACUUUUUUAAAGCACAUAAUGGAAACAUUAGAGAUCAAUAAGAAACAAAUUAUAGCCCAAAGGAACGAUUCAAAUGAGGCUGAAUUUGUAAAAAAGAUACAGAGCAUCCUCAAAAGCUUAUUAAGUACAGAAAUCAAACAACUGUCUUUGGAGUCUGUGAAAAAACAAAUAAAAAAACUCCAGAUUGAUGUAGAUGAGAACAAUCCAGAAUGUCGGAAAGCAAGAGAACGUGCAUGUAAUAUAACCUCUGUAAUCAAAGACGUGGAAGUGUUUAAGAAAGAUAUGCUGAAACUACAAGGGGAUCUGUGGAAGCAAUUGUCCAAAGUAGAAAAAGAACUCUGCAGAAUGACAAAACAAGGGAAAAUGGGCACGGAAGAAUAUCAAUCUCAACUGAAAGAGCAACGUAUUUCACUGCACACUAAACAAAACCAACAUAGUUUGACUGAUGCUAUGAUAUUGUUUAUUAAUGCAAUCACCCAAUUGUCUCAAGUAGAGAAACACUAUUUUCUGAUGUGGAUGAAAUUAGAACUUGAUUUGAUCGCUAGGAGGAACCUGUCUGCUCUACAAGUGGAAUACAGGGAAAAAUGUAAAAGCAGCUCAGAUAAUCCAGAAGAACUAAAGCAGGUAGAUCAAAAAAUCUCAGACAGUUCUUUAGGGAUCGAACAUUUCCUUCGCGAGUUAGGGCAGUUUUAUGAGGCUGAACGUUCUAUGGUCAAAGAAGAAAUAAUCCUAGCAGAGAGAGCACAGUUUGCUGGUCUUCCGGGGAUUGCUGCUGAUCUUCUCUUGGAUGGGUUCCCUUUGGAGCUGAUAGACGGAGAUGCCUCCAACAUCCCCCUGAAGUGGAUUACUGAUGUUCUAACUGAGCUGGACACCAAAACAGGAGGAGGAUGUAGGAUAAGAGUGAUAACUGUGCUUGGAGUGCAGAGUACGGGGAAAUCCACCCUUCUGAACACUAUGUUUGGUCUGCAGUUCCCGGUGGCCAGUGGAAGAUGCACACGAGGAGCUUUCAUGACUCUUCUUAAUGUGAAAGAGAAUUUCAAGAAGGAGUUGGGCUGUCACUUCAUCCUGGUGAUUGACACUGAGGGGCUGAAAGCUCCGGAACUGGCAUCUUUGGAGGACAGUUAUGAACAUGACAAUGAACUGGCCACACUAGUGGUUGGGUUGAGUGAUAUCACCAUUGUUAAUAUGGCCAUGGAGAACACAACCGAAAUGAAGGAUAUCUUACAGAUAGUGGUCCAUGCUUUUCUUAGGAUGAAAGAAGUAGGAAAGAAACCCAACUGCCAGUUUGUACACCAAAAUGUGAGUGAUGUGUCAGCUUAUGAAAAGAAUAUGAGAGACAGGAAGAAACUUUUGGAACAGCUGGAUGAAAUGACAAAAGUGGCUGCUAAAAUGGAGAAGAAAAGUGGAAUCACAUCUUUCAAUGAUGUGUUGGACUACGAUCUGGAAAAACACAGUUGGUACAUUCCUGGUCUGUGGCAGGGGGUCCCUCCAAUGGCUCCAGUGAACUCCGGGUACAGUGAAAAUGUCCAUAACCUGAAGCAGCAUUUGUUUGAAUUAAUGAAAUCCCAGAAUGCUUCAUGCAGCAUUGGUGAAUUUAUCAAAUGGAUAGAAAGUUUGUGGAGAGCCGUGAAACAUGAAAAAUUCAUCUUCAGCUUCCGAAACAGUUUGGUAGCUGAUGCUUACAAUAAACUGUCUAUACAAUUUUCAUUAUGGGAAUGGGAAUUCUCCAAAAAAGUCUACAACUUUGUAAUAUGCACAGAAAAUAAUAUAAAAAACCAGUCGGCUGAGAAUCUGGAUAGAGAAACCUGUGAAGAGUACAGGAGAGAACUUCAACAGUUGUUGUUUGAAGAAGAAAACAAAAUGUUGGCCUUGUUAGAAAAAUACUAUGACAAUAACGAUGAAAAUUUUCAUCUUAUAGAACGUUACCGGGAAGAUUUCAAACUGAGCGUAAAAUUCUUAAGAAAAGAGCUUGAAAGAAAUGCUCUAAACAAAUGUACCAAAGCAAUUUCUAUCCAGAAAGGGAAGUAUAAGAUUCAGAACAUCCAGAAUCAAUAUCAACAGCUGAUAGAAGAAAAAAUUAGUGUGCUCCUGGAAAACUGUAGUGAGAUGAACUGUAAACUAAAUGAUGAGAAAAUACAACAAGAAUUUGAAACAAUGUGGGAGAAAACUGUGAAAAAUUUACAUGUUAAUGAAUUAGAUAGGCUUAAUGUUGGCCAAGCAAUUUUACAACAAUUGAGGAAUGACCUGAGCAGUAAAGGGUCUGCUGUACAAGAAGAAUUAAAGCAUGUAAAAAAUCUAGCAAGCCAUGCACAGCGUACAUUUAAAAUGACCAAAAAGUAUAUCGAUGUCUCUGUUUGGAAUUAUUUCAAGCAAUCACUUGGCUUUGAUAAACAAACAUCUGAAAUGAUAGAGGCGUUUGCUGUCUCACUAAUUGAUAUAUGUGAUAAGUACAUUAAAGAAAAAGUUGAUACUGCGGAGGAUUACGAUGACACCUAUUGUCAGGAAUUACUGCACAUUAUCAAUACACAACUUGGAAAUACCACCGGACUUCCAUUCUCGGUACAUUUUGAGCUAGAUAUCAAGCUUAUCAUUUUUGGAAAUGCAGCUCAGAUGUUUCAAAAGAUGCAUGACAAAUUUUUAAAAAAUAAUGACCCAAGAGCUUGUCUGGAGAGCCUAAAACCUCAGUAUUUAUCAAUAUUCCUCAGCAUAUUUCAAGAGAAAGACGAAAGUCAGAACAGAGCACGACAAUUCUGUGAACGAUGUCUCAAACCAGCAAUCACCGACUAUGUCUUCAAACAUCUUGGAGAAAAGAUAGUGGAUGAUAUCCUCAACAGUUCUGAGAGUAUAAUAUUCAGUAGCAGGACCUUUUUUCAGUAUAACAUGCUGGAAAAACUAUUGGAAGAACUGUCUCUUCAGAAGUAUGUAGAAUACAUUAAGUCACAUAAGACUUUUUCAGAAUCAUGGAUUUUGGAUUACAUCUACAAAAAGUAUGAUGGUUCAGGAACUUUGGAAAAUUUAUACAAAAAAAUAGUUUCCUCUAUAAAGGCAGAAAUCCAAACUGUGAUGGGAGAUCCAGCGUGUUUACAAAGUCCUGACGUGUCAUCAUUUUUAGAGAAGGUUUGUGAAAUGUUACAAAGAGAUCUGGUAAUACCACAGAAUGAGAUGAAAGUGAUCACUUUCCAUAACACGGCUGUAGUUGAGCAGCUUUCAUCUGCCAUUCAGCACUUCCUCACAGAGACGGAACAACAAAUCCUAACAGAGCUGAUUGAGUUGGAUGUUGAGGAUGUACUUUUCAAAGUGACUCUGAAGCCUCAGUGUGAAUUGUUCAGGAAGGUGGUUGGAUGUGGAAAGCAGUGCCCGUUCUGCAGUGUCCCUUGCGAGGCCGGAGGUGGUGACCACAAGGAGCACUUUUCAUCUAUUCACAGAUCCCAAGGAUUAGGAUCGUGGAGAUGGUUAUUUGAUAAUAAGUUGAUAAUUGAUAUAUGUUCUACUCUGGUUGUAUCCAAUGCCACUUUCCAGAAUUUUGACACAGAAUUUCAACCUCAUCCCUACAAAGAGUAUCGUACAUAUUAUCCAGAUUGGGCCAUCCAGCCUGACCCCAGCAUUGAGUCCUCAGAUUACUGGAAAUACAUAUUCGCACAGUUUAAUAACAAUUUUGCAGAAGAAUACAGUGCAGAACCAGCUGAACUUCCAGAAGGUUGGAAGAAACUCACCAAAGCUCAAGCUCUUGACAGCAUAAAGAAAGUGUUUAAUGUGAACUAACAUACUUGUACUAACAUAUUUCAGGCAAAAAUAUUCCUUGAGUAUUUAGCUGCUUGUGUCUUGUGCCUAGUUAGAAAAAAUUUGCUGGACGAAUGUCUCAAGCAUUUGCUAAGUUGUCGCAGAUUCUGACAGUACUUUGCUUAAUACAGUGAUUUCUUAUGAAUGUCAUGUCCAUUUAGUAGCCAUAAUGCAGUCUUUUCCUGAUAGAGGUAUUUUAGGAAAAGACAGCAUUAUGGCCACUAGGUGGAGUUGUUCUGAUUAGAUGCCAUACCUACACCUCUCUUCUAAUCAGAACAGUGCCAUACCUACAUCCCUCUUCUAAUCAGAACAGCGCCAUACCUACACCCCUCUUCUAAUCAGAACAGCGCCAUACCUACACCCCUCUUCUAAUCAGAACAGUGCCAUACCUACACCCCUCUUCUAAUCAGAACAGUGCCAUACCUACAUCCCUCUUCUAAUCAGAACAGCGCCAUACCUACACCCCUCUUCUAAUCAGAACAGCGCCAUACCUACACCCCUCUUCUAAUCAGAACAGCGCCAUACCUACACCCCUCUUCUAAUCAGAACAGCGCCAUACCUACACCCCUCUUCUAAUCAGAACAGUGCCAUACCUACACCCCUCUUCUAAUCAGAACAGCGCCAUACCUACACCCCUCUUCUUUUCAUUAUCUUACUCCACUCUGUGGUAGUAAUUAGUAGGGGCAGCAAUUCAUAUAUUUUUUCAGCACUUUCGGUCCGCUGUCCUGUGUUAGUUUCUCCGCUGCGCGGAUCCAACCCACACCCCUUUCACUAGGUGGAGUUGACUAUCAUAAGAAAUCAAUGAUUUAAAGUGAUAUCAAGGGCAAAAAAAUAUGUCAUAAUUACCUGCCCUGUGCAGUGGUUUUGCACAGAG